AUGGUCUGCAGAGUACAAGUGGAUUAUGGAGUUGUCGAAUGGCUGGUAAGACUCCACUGUUUCGAUAUUACCCAGUUGUACAACUCGAUUAGUGUAGCGCUAUCGCUACCGACCUUAGCUGUUGACAGUUCCCACUCGAUCGCCCUAAUCACCUUGAAAGCUGAACCAGAUGUACAAGUGUUUGUGUUCCAAUGUACGACGACUGCUGAAUUGUAA